AUGUUUCCACGGGAUUUAACGAUGGAGCUGCAGUCUCAGAUUCCGAUUCUCCGUCCGAGCAUCCACGCGAGACGAGCCAACAUCGUCGUGAAAUUCCAGGACCUGUACGGGUUCACGGUGGAAGGAAAUGUCGACGACGUGAAUGUGUUGAACGAAGUCAGGGAGAAAGUGAGGAACCAGGGGAGAGUCUGGUGGGCUCUCGAAGCUAGCAAGGGAGCUAAUUGGUAUCUUCAGCCGGAUAUUCUCUUGAUCGGCGACGGAAUCGCCUUGAAGACAUCUCUGAAGAUCUCGACCUUGACGAAUGCGAUUACUUUGAAGAGGCUGAUUCGGAAAGGGAUCCCGCCGGUUCUGAGGCCUAAGGUCUGGUUUUCUCUUUCCGGUGCCGCCAAGAAGAAGUCCACCGUGCCGGAUAGUUAUUACAGUGAUUUGAGCAAAGCCGUCGACGGUAAGGUCACGCCGGCAACGCGGCAGAUCGAUCAUGAUCUGCCACGGACUUUCCCAGGGCAUCCAUGGUUGGACACUCCAGAGGGUCAUGCUGCUCUAAGACGUGUGCUUGUUGGGUAUUCCUUUCGCGAUUCUGAUGUUGGCUAUUGUCAGGGACUUAACUACGUUGCAGCGUUACUGUUGCUUGUGAUGAAGACGGAAGAAGACGCGUUCUGGAUGCUCGCAGUGCUUUUGGAAAACGUAUUAGUUCGUGACUGCUACACAACCAACUUGUCUGGGUGCCAUGUUGAGCAGCGGGUUUUCAAAGACUUGCUUGCCCAAAAGUGUCCUCGAAUAGCUACUCAUCUUGACGAUAUGGGCUUUGAUGUUUCCCUUGUAGCCACCGAGUGGUUUCUAUGCCUCUUCUCGAAAAGCUUUCCUUCCGAGACAACGCUACGAGUUUGGGAUGUACUUUUCUAUGAAGGAGCAAAGGUUCUUUUCCAUGCAGCUUUAGCAAUAUUCAAGAUGAAAGAGAACGAGCUGCUUAUGACGCACCAGGUCGGUGAUGUGAUCAACAUAUUACAGACCACCUCACACCAGCUUUUUGACCCGGAUGAGUUAUUAACGGUGGCGUUUGAGAAAAUCGGAUCCAUGACUACAAACACCAUAUCUAAGCAGAGGAAGAAGCAGGAACCGGCGGUGCUGGCAGAACUUGACCAGAGACUUCGGAGACUCAACUCUCUUAAAGAAAGUGGUAAGAACACAUAA